GGCACCUCCCGGCUGCGGGACCGGAGCUGGAGCUGCGCGCCGGGAGCGGAGGAGGAGGGGGAAAGGAGCACGGGGAAGGGGCGCGGAGCGUCCCGCUGCCGCCCGGGGGAGGUGUCCUGUAACAGCCCCUGAUCAGCAAGGCUGCAAGUCAUGUAGAAGCUGCAGGAUCAGCAGAGUCUCUGAUGGAUAACAGGACUGGUCUGUAUAUGGAAAUUGCUGGGCAGAGCCUCAGAAUCUGAAACACAUCCUUGAUUUUAUCUGUCAGUUUUGUCUUUCAAGUGGUGCUCAGUUGAAAAUACCAAAUUUACUCCCGUCCUCCCUGACCUCUCUUCAUACGCUUACUUGGGAUAAGAAUGAGUGGUGAAAGGCUGGAUGAAAGAUGAAGAGUGAAAAAAAUAACUCCAAAGAAGUAAUAUGUGGGAGGCUGUGGACUAUUUGCUUCCGACAUAGGAACAGCGCUGGGUUGGGAAUCUGAAACUCCUGAGAGAAUGCUGGGAAUCUGCAGAGGGAGACGGAAAUUUCUGGCUGCCUCUCUGACCGUCCUCUUCGUGCCAGCCGUAACGUGGAUUUAUCUGUUUGCUGGGAGCUUUGAAGGGAAAGUGACCGUGAUGUGCUGGGGAAAAGGACUCGCACUUGAGAGGAUGUUAGAUGGGAAGCCAGUGUCGCUGUCUCCACUUGAAUCCCAGCCCCACAGCCCUCGUUACACAGCCUCCAGCCAGCGGGACCGCGAGAGCCUGGAGGUCCGCAUGCGAGAGGUGGAGGAGGAGAACCGCAUGCUCCGCAAGCAGCUCAGCCUGGCGCAGGGCCGCGGCCCCUCACACCACCGUGGCAACCACUCCAAAACCUACUCCAUGGAAGAGGGGACGGGUGAUAGCGAGAGCCUGCGGGCUGGCAUUGUGGCUGGGAACAGCUCUGAGUGCGGGCAGCAGCCAGCGGUGGAAAAAUGUGAGACCAUCCAUGUCGCCAUUGUUUGUGCAGGGUAUAAUGCCAGUCGGGAUGUUGUCACACUCGUCAAGUCCGUCUUAUUUCACAGGCGAAACCCACUCCACUUCCACCUCAUCGCAGACGCAAUUGCCAAACAGAUCCUCGCGACUCUGUUCCAGACUUGGAUGGUCCCUGCUGUGCGCAUAGACUUCUAUGAUGCAGAUGAACUCAAGUCGGAAGUAUCAUGGAUCCCCAACAAACACUACUCGGGGAUUUACGGACUGAUGAAGUUGGUUCUGACUAAAACUCUGCCUUCCAAUCUUGAGCGAGUGAUUGUCCUGGACACAGACAUAACGUUUGCCACUGACAUUGCUGAGCUGUGGGCCGUCUUUCACAAGUUCAAAGGGCAGCAGGUUCUUGGCUUGGUGGAGAACCAGAGUGACUGGUAUUUGGGCAACCUUUGGAAGAACCAUCGACCCUGGCCAGCGCUUGGAAGGGGCUACAACACAGGGGUGAUCUUGCUCCUUCUGGAUAAGUUACGGAAGAUGAAAUGGGAGCAGAUGUGGAGACUCACAGCCGAGAGGGAAUUAAUGAGCAUGCUGUCCACUUCACUGGCUGACCAGGAUAUCUUCAAUGCAGUCAUCAAACAAAACCCCUUCCUUGUCUACCAGCUUCCAUGUUUCUGGAAUGUGCAGCUGUCUGAUCACACCCGUUCCGAGCAGUGCUACAGAGAUGUGUCUGACCUGAAGGUGAUUCACUGGAACUCACCAAAGAAGCUGCGAGUGAAAAACAAGCACGUGGAGUUUUUCCGCAACCUCUAUCUGACAUUCCUGGAAUACGACGGGAACUUGCUGAGACGGGAACUCUUUGGCUGCCCCAGCGAGGCAGAUGUUAACAGUGAAAACCUCCAGAAACAGUUGUCUGAGCUGGAUGAGGAUGAUUUGUGCUAUGAAUUUCGUCGAGAACGUUUCACUGUUCAUCGCACUCAUUUGUAUUUUUUACAUUAUGAAUAUGAGCCUGCUUUGGACAAUACUGAUGUAACACUGGUGGCUCAGCUUUCAAUGGACAGGCUCCAGAUGCUUGAAGCCAUCUGCAAACACUGGGAAGGUCCAAUCAGCCUGGCACUCUACCUUUCUGAUGCAGAAGCCCAGCAAUUUCUGCGUUAUGCCCAGGGCUCCGAGGUACUCAUGAGCCGCCACAAUGUCGGCUACCACAUUGUGUACAAGGAGGGCCAGUUCUACCCAGUGAACCUUCUGAGGAAUGUGGCCAUGAAGCACAUCAGCACACCGUACAUGUUUCUGUCAGACAUUGACUUCUUGCCCAUGUAUGGACUCUACGAGUACCUCAGGAAGUCAGUCACCCAGCUAGACCUGGCUAACACCAAGAAAGCUCUGAUCAUACCUGCUUUUGAGACCCUACGCUACCGCCUCUCCUUCCCUAAGUCAAAAGCAGAGCUGCUAUCUAUGUUGGACAUGGGAACCCUCUUCACAUUCAGGUAUCACGUCUGGACAAAAGGGCAUGCGCCAACCAACUUUGCCAAAUGGCGAACAGCCACCACCCCCUACCGCGUGGAGUGGGAAGCAGACUUCGAGCCAUACGUCGUUGUGAGGAAGGACUGCCCAGAGUAUGACAGACGGUUUGUUGGAUUUGGCUGGAACAAAGUAGCUCACAUCAUGGAGUUGGAUGCACAGGAGUACGAGCUGCUGGUACUGCCCAAUGCCUUCAUGAUCCACAUGCCCCACGCUCCCAGCUUCGACAUCACCAAGUUCCGCUCCAACAAGCAAUACCGCAUCUGUCUCAAGACCUUGAAAGAGGAGUUCCAGCAGGACAUGUCACGUCACUAUGGCUUCGCAGCUCUCAAAUAUCUCACGGCAGAGAACAACAGCUAGCACAGCAGAGCCCAUUUAUGGGAAACAGAGAUGCCGGAGGGAGGAACCAGUCAACGUUUGGGGCCCAGUCUUCAAACUUCAAACUGAGAAAUACUUUCUGUUUUUAUACCAUACCUGGCAGUUCUAACAGUAGGGAUUUAAAGUGACAUGUCUUCAGGCUGCGGUCAUCAGCCCCUUCCUCAAUGAUCCCAGGCCUUUCAGCUUUAGCAUUUGUAAGGUGUCAGUGGGAGGGGCCGGCCACUCACCCGCCAUACCACAGGAGGUGGGAAUGAGGCACAAGCUGGGAAUGCACUCUGUUCUCUUAACUGCAGAGCAAAGAAAGACCUUCAGAAUAUAGGAUUUCAUGUUGUUAUUUAAUUAUGAGACAUACUUUUUAACUCUAAAGGAAGAUCUUCGGGUCGCUGUUCUGUGAAUUUCAAAUCUGCACUACUCUGAAAGGGAACUUUCACCUGUGAACCUUCACAGUGGCCCUCUUAACAUGGAUGACCUUGUUAAUGCAGGAUGAGCCAAAAGUCUGAAUUAGCCCUGAAGAUGAAGGGGAUGCUUAUAUAAUACUGCACUCCAGAGAAGGCGUGUUACUGGUUUAGGUGUGUACAUGGUAUUGGUUGGUCUUUUAUUCUCAAAUUAGUUAAGUUUUGUCAGGAAAAUCCCCUAAGCCCUGCCCUGCUAUUCCCCAGCCCUAAAAGCUGUUCCUUUCCUUGCCAAGGAAAUGUUCCCCUUGUUUCUUUGCCACAUUCAGUUCUCAUGGUCCAGUAAAGGAGAUCAGUAGCUCUGCUAGAAAGUGAACAAAACCUGUCAGUGAACGGUCUGCUUUCACCAAGCAGACUUGUUCAUGCGUGUCUCAUAAAAUAAAGGGCCUGGUUGUAACUCCUUAUGUUUUUUAGGCAAGAGUUGGAUUUUGCCUACGAGGCAUUUUGUGCGGGAGAAUGUUGAUUCGUAGACUUAUUUCAGUGCAUGCCCAUCUGUGAAGGCGUCGGGCAUUGGGCUUUAAGUGGACUUCUUCACUGAACAGGUAGUGUAAGCAUGGCACCUUACAGCCUGAGUGCUCUCCUGCUGUCUGCUACAAGGUCUAAGAACUACUUCGUUAAAGGAGUAUAUAAAUAAAAGGAACAGAACCGUUAGGAAUAAAUUCCCCAUUCGAGGGAGAAAAGAAUGUGUUGGGAAUCUGAGUGUGAGUGUUUGUUUAAAUGUGGACUGGUUAAGUUCACAACUUCGAUACACACAGGAAUAUUCUGGAGGGUGGAAAGGAAACCUAACAAGCAAAACAAGACACUGGACUUUUUACAGUUUUCUUUAUUCUUCAGUAUUAAUGUUGUGUUUACAUUGGAUAAGGAGAUGAGGUUUAAUGCACUACCCUUUGCAGGGCUAUUUGUAAUUUCUUUUGCAAUGUUAAUAGAGAAAGCAGAAACGACUCAGUGAGAAAUGUGUCUCUCUCCCUUCCCCAGAUCCCUGUGCAACCACAUGUACCAAUACCACUGCCUGAGCUGGGAAAAUGGAUCCAUAAUGCAUUAUGCUCACUUCGUUCCAUUUUGUUUUUCAGCCACUGCACCUUCUAUUUUCCUCCCCGCUUCAUCCCUCUAGAGCUUGGUUUUAUUUCCAACCUGACAUUUUGUGAGAGCUUUCUGUUACAGUGGAAACCAUGCAGUUAAACCAGACAUUUAAACUGCAAAUAUCAGUUCAUCAUGCUGUGUAUAUAUGAGAAAAGCCAAAAAAGGCAACAUUUUUGACAAGAAAUAAAAAGGGGUGGGAAGCUAUGUGUAAUUACUACUUUUUCCCCUGGAAGUGCUGGCUGUGUACAAAUACAUCACUACUUAGUUUUCCAAAGCGCUUUUCUUUGGUUCUUAAUGGCUUUAUGUAAAGAUUUACAUAUAAACCCGUGAAGAGCUGGGAAGAAAUGAAACAACUGCUUAGAUAGUCCUGGCUAAAAUAUAUUUAUAAAAAUAAUAAUAAUAAUAGUAAAAUCUUAGCUCCAUAAGUCCUAUAUUGUGCACCAUUGAGGGUCCAGGUCAUUGUGUAUUGAGAAUGGGAAGAACCCUGCAGAACAGUCCUUUUGAUUAUCUAACGUACAGAAAGGUAUGAAGAGCUGAUCCUAGGGGAGGGUGAACAUUUGUGCCUACACAGAAUCUACUGUCAGAUUUUCAGUGUGGCCACCAUUAUGUUUCAUAUCUAUGUAAAAAAAUUCAUUUCUGGAUGUGUAUUUCUCAUUGACUUAACAGUGUUGCCCAAGGAUGGACUAGAUUGCCCUGCAAAACCAUAACCUGUAGCAUGGACCUGUGCUUAUUUUGGGCAUAGCACAAUCAGCGUGAACAUUGUUUUCGGGUGGUAGUUUACUAGUUGCCUAUUUAUCUGUGCAAUCUUUAGACCUCCUGGAUAGACUUAGAUGUGUGGGCUGGUGAAACCAACUCUGAGAUUGGUAGUAGGUUUAAAGAGUCUUCUUUUUUUUUCCCUAUAGACCUGAUUCUGACUUUUGUCUGUCAUGUUAUGUUUGUCUACGUGCUUCACAGUUUCAGAGGUAUGGGACUUGUGUAAUUUUAACACAUUUAGCCAAUUACUUGGUAGCAAAUUAGGCUUACUUACCUGUCUUUUAGCUGCCAGGGAUCCUUGAACAGAAUGAACAAAACACUGCCAGCAAAAAUCCCCAACUCAGCUACAAUACUGACUGUCUACCAGUCUUCUGCUGUGAUAAAUAUUUGCUAACAACUUUGCUACUUAAUUCUCAGAUUUCUCCCAGAUUCUUCAAGAAAUGUCAGAUAAACCUGAUAACUUAAUGCCUUUGAUUUAUUGAUUUGUUCCACUCUGUUCUCUCUUGAGUCUUCAAUCCAUGACCUCUCCUUAUCUUUGUUAUUUGAAAAGUGUGAGUCUCUCAUUUAGAUACCAUUCAGACACCAUCUCUGGUGAAGACUGAUGUAAAUGAAUCGUUUAGAUUCUUGUCAUUGUCCUUACUGUCUUUAGUUGUUCCCUGUAUUUACCAUUUGAGGUGGCCUACUGGUUCUCUCCAGCUUUCUGCUGUAGGUGUACUGAGCAAAUGUGUAUUUUCAGUGUUAACUUCCUACCUAUUGCUCUUCAAAUUCCCUCUUACCUUCCUCAAAGUCUGUCUUAGCUACUAGAUACCUUCCUUUCAUCUUUAUGAAGUUUUCAUUUCCAUUCUCUAUGAAGAUUUCCAGUUUGGUCUGAAUAACUUCAGAAAUCUCUGAUUCAGAAUUACUAGCAUUUCAUCCUUCUCUUUCAUUUAUAUAAGGGAAUCCCAAAUUUACGAGCCCCUUACACUUUUAAUCUGAGGAUUUCAGAGUUGUCAGUAUUUUUUUCUGUUUAUUUGGGGCUUCUGAUGUUUUCUUUAAGAGAAAAAAGGUGGGUUUCUGUCUUUUUUUUUUAUCUAAUGUGAAAUAUCACCUUAUUAGAUUUUAAGGGGGGAAUUUGUUUUGAAGAAAUUCCCUCUUCAAGCUUCCUAAAUGCUAACCUUCUCCUAGUGAAGGGAUCAGAAAUAAAAGCCAACAGAAUUCUUGUGUUCUUCUCACUGAGGGUCUUAUCUUGACACAUCUUGUCCUGUGUUUCCCUUUCCUCUCCACUCCAAAACUCAAGUUCUUGAUGUCUUUUUCAGCCCUGUAAGUCCCUUCCAGCACCAGAACCUGAACUGUCUAUUUCCCAGCACCUUCUGACCUCCUGCUCUGUUUUGGACAUAAUUACUGUUUCAAAUAAUAAUCUGUUAGCUGGCACCCAGUUCUGUUUUUGUUUUCAUGCUUCUCCCUUUGAUGUAACAGGCUUUGCAAUUAAGGUUUUGGCCAAUGCUCUUACCUGUAUUUAAUGCCUUAUUAUAACCCACUAAUAUGUCUCCAUGAUUUCUCACUGUUGUCAGAGCAUACACCAAAAAUAUUUGGCUAUAAUUUCCCUCCUAUCACUUUCUGGCUAAGGAUCAUCUGCCAUUUCCCAUCUACUUUUUGAAAAUGACUUUGUUUUUCCUGAAUAAUCCUCAGUAUCGAACAGAUAUAUAUUUUUUUUCCAAGUCCUACUUUCAAUAAUUCCUUCCAGCCUUGCUGUUUUCCUGUAUGAGCAAUCUGGUUCCACUUCAUAUGUGUGAUUUUUAUUGUAUUUGUAAUCAUCAUCUUGGACUCAGUGACACAAAGGAAUUAGCAGCAUACCUGUAGUUCCACCACUCUCGUUAGACUGAAAAUUGGAUAUGCUCAUGUUUGUUCUUAAGCACUGAAUUUUUACCCGGUAGGCUUCAUGUGGUUUGUGUGUGAAUCAUAAACUGCAUUUUCCUUAUACUGUGACAAGUGGAGGCACUUUGUAGUGCUAUUUGCAGUACUUACUGCAGCAAAGUAAGCCUUGUGUUAGGAAAAAAAGACAAAAAAACCUUGUCAGGACUGUAGCUACUUUUUCUCUCUGCAGGGGAAAAUUAAGGCCCUGGCACAGCUGAGCAGUUUUAUGAAUGCCCUGCACAAAACACAUCGCACAUUAUUUUCUGGUAGGUGUAAUCGUACAUCGUCCAAUUAAAUAUGAAAAAUACAUUUUUUAUGUUCUCAUUUUUACAUGCAAUUCUAUCCAGAAGAUAAUGCAUUUCCUUCUGUAUCUUGCCAGUUUCCCCCAUUACUUCAAGCUGCCUAAUAGCCCCAUCUGUUUUUGGCUGAGAAAGAUUAAUGACCAAUAGUGCAGGGAGCCCUGGCAAAUCAGCAGAGAUAUUACUCUUAGGCAUUGCACAAGACAUUCCGUGCUGCUCUGCCAGACAUUGUAUGGGUGUUCAUCAGGUUUGAGUGCAGCAACAGGAGAACACAGCAAGCUCAGCAAAUGGGGUGAGCAUCAUUAUUUAUGAAUUUCAGCAAGGUCUGAUACAUUAGAAGGUAGGAGUGCGCAAAAAAAGUAUCUUUGUUAGCUAAAAACCAAUUUGAAUUUAGGAAAAGAAAGCAGCAAAGUUUCUGAAACUCCACUGAAUGAGACUGAAACAAAGUCACUUGUAGACCAUGACAGUCAAUAACCUUCCAUUUCAGCUCUGAAAGUGCAGAAGCAUUGACAGGUAAAUGAAGUAAUUUUUAUGGUAGUCAUUCAGAAUGCACAUUUUGACUGUAUGUUUACAGCCAACCACUUUGGUGAACUGCUAAAUGUUUAAAGAGUGUUAUUCUGGUUCUCUGUAUAAAUUUAAGUUUAAAAAAGCUGCUGGCUGUGCACAGCCAGUCAGGAAUCAGAAAAGGCUUACAAAUAUGGAUUUAGAAAUACCUUGCUUUGAUAGGAACUUGUUUUCCUCUAUGGGUAUACAUUUCCAAGACAAGACACAAAGUCCUCAAGAAUUUCAAAAGAAGCUUUUCUACAGUCAGCUGGAUGGAAUGUAUUCCUCUUACAAAUACUGGGAAUUUAGAGUUUGCUUGCUCUGCAGAGUGGAGUUAUUGCACUCAGCUGAAAAAAAGACUCUAGGAAUUAGAAAAACAGCUAAAUAUUUGUUCACGUAGUGUAUCACAUGGAUUUAUAUAUCCAGACAUAUUAGUAGUUACUGUAAUGGAGAAUUAGCUCGUUGAUAAUGUCAGGAUGUAAAAGGUCAUAUCAAAAUGUCCUAAAUUUCUGCAGAACGUAUUUGUGAGAAGCACUGUGCAGGUGACAAAGGCCUCAUUUGAGCUCUAUGGUGUAUUGCCAUGAGACACAAGAUUUCAAUCCAAAAGAAAUAGUUCUGGCUUGGGGCUAGUUCUCCAGUCAGACAUGUAGACACUACCCUCACAAUAUAUAUUCAAGAAGAGGUCUCCAAGCGCUAGACCAAGUAACUCAAGCCAAGCUAAUUCUAUUCCUCAGUGUUACGGCAACAUAUUUCUUAGACAGUGGACACAUACAUUAUCUAAAUUAACCAUUUUAUAAGAUUCCUGCUAAGGCUGAAGGAUCAGCCAUGUGAAAAGAUACGGUAUGUGAAAAUUAAAAUUCCGGUUGAUGCUGGAACUAAUACGACUUAUUUCUGUUUUCUGAUACGUACAGAUUAGGACAUAGUCCCUACACGAUCAUUUGCUGGGUAUUUUAGAGGACUCAUCUAUCAUUCUGUGCACAGAGUGGAUGGUACUCAGGGAGUGAAGCAUCUGGGUGAUACUUCUUUUUACUUUUGCUCUCACUGAGCUUUUCAUAAUAUGAGAGCUGCCUUGAUUCUGAGCAAAGCCAGACAUUUUUUUAACUUUUUUUUUUUUUUUUUUCCCUGAGAGAUAGGUUUAAACUGUGAUUUAGGAAAAUCAAUUAUCCCCCAUGCCCUCAGGCUUUCUGAGCAGAAUGCCUGCAGUUCUGUUCUAUGGGCUUUUCUAGCGUGGAGGGAUCCCACAGAGCUGAUGGAAAUUACACACUCGGAAGCCAUGCAGCACUCAGCCCCGAGCCUAUGAAUGCUAACAGCUGAGCAUGCAAGAGUGAUGAAUCCCAGCUCUGCCUGAGCCCCCAGCGUGUCUGCUCCCACUCAGGGAGCACUGAAGGCUAUUGGCACGGUUUGUCAGGGAAGCAGAGAAGAAGAGAUGGAGUAAAUAACUCGGAGGAGUACUUUAUGCAGCCAAAUUUCCAGAGGAAUGAGAGAGGCAAAAGCAUUCUGGGCUCUCUCAGAAGGGCUUUUUGUAAAAUUGUUUGUGGGUUGAACUCAUGGCAUUUCUUCCCAAAUGCUGGUCGUUGUGGUCCAACUGUAGUACAUUCUGUGGGCUGUAAAAUUCAUGGAAGUCUGCACUGAGAUUAAACUCAGCUAAAAGAUAUUUAAUAUGUUUCAAUUCUUUGAAUUCCCACGUUGCUCCUGAUGGAAAGGAAAAGUUAAAAAAAAAAA